AUGCGUCCCUCAGCCGCCACCCCUACCAUGAAUCGCCGCCAAACGAUGCCCGCCCCGAGCGCGCAACGCCAAGUGGCAGCCACACCUGCUCGGAACAGCGUGCUGCCUGGAGCCGCUUUCGGUGUGCAGAGCGCGAGACGAUCGUCUUUUUUCAAGGGCUCAUCUGUGCUAAAGGAUCCGCGCCCGCUCAGCGACGGAAUGUAUCGCGCCGAGAUGGUGAGGAAGCUUCACAACUUCCUGCGCGAGAAUUGCGGCGCCGAGAUCUCGGAGAAGACCGUCCGCAGCCCGGGGGCUCGCGAAUUUGUGUUGAUGUUCGAGAACAUCUACCAGCACCUUAGCCCCACGUUCAAAGUCAAAGGCAGGAUGGAGGAAGAGAUUCCCCGCGUCUUCGCAAAGCUCGGAUAUCCGUUUCCACUGAAAAGCUCGACGUUGCAGACCGUGGGCGCGUCCCACUCGAUCCCGCACGUUCUUGGUGCGCUUUGCUGGCUGGUUGAUUUGGUGCAGAUUACGUUGAGCAUCCAGCCUUCCGACGUUUUGCUCGGCUCCAAAGGCCACGAAGAUUCAACCAAAGCCACGUUGAAAUAUAUGCUGAAGCAAAACGUUUUCAAGAGCGAAGCGGGCGCGAAGAUGGACCCGGCAUUUUACGAGGGGAAAGUGGCUCAGUUGCGCGCACAACUGAGGUCUGCUGGCGAGCACCCAAACAUCGAAGAGGCCAAGGAGAGACUGGAGUUGGCGAAGACCGAGUAUGAUACGCUGAUGGAGGAGGCGGGGGAGGGCCAACUGAAAUGUGAGCUGCACGCGCUACAAGGCGAUCUGCGCGUUCAGCGGCAAUUUGUCGGCGAGCUGGAGCUGGAGAACCGGCGCGUGCUGGAGCAAGUGGCCGCCCUGAAAAGCGGGAACAAAAAUCGCGAAGAGCUCCAACAGCAGCUGCUGACGCAAAUCGAAGAAAAACAAAUGACCAUCCAGCGUCAGACAGCUAUGCACAAGAUUACUCCGGAGCAAGCCCGCGCCAUCAAGGGUGAAAUCGCUUCGUUUCGCAGUCAAAUUAGCAGCCUUCGUGCGGAACUCGACGAUGUUGGAAAGAACAAAUGGAAAGAAGGGCCGCUCUUGAAAAACGAACUGUUCAAGUACAACCAAAUGUUCGACGAAUGGGUUCGCGAGGUUCACGACCUGAAGCGUGCCAUUGAUGGGCACAGUGUUGCUGUACAAUCGGAGCACCACGAGCCGCUAAGUGCCCAGGCCUUGUUCCAGCGCGUCACGCAAGACUGCCCAAAGAUGCUACGCGACGCACGCAAGGAGCUCGAAGACGUGGUGCGCCAGAUCCGAUCAAGGACUGGAAAGUGCAAGCAAGACAUUGACAGCAAGAAGGUCGACCUCAAAAGCCUGCAGCGCCAGAACGAGACCAAGAAAAAGGAGGCACAAUUGGAGGAGCGUAAGCGAACCCGGGAACGAGAGCAAUGGGACAAUGAGCGCAAAGGAUUGGAGGUGGAGAUCGAGAAUCUCCAACUCGAACGAGUUCGGCUUGUGGACAAAAAGACCGAAGCCAGCCGGCUUGACACCGAGAUCAAACAGGCCCAGGCAGCUCUGAAAGCACAAGAAGGCGAACUGGAGGAUUAUGUGACUGCAGUCCUUUACCAAAUGCUAGACGAGGUCGCCGCGCUUUCCAGUGGAGUUGAUGAGCAGAAGGCCAUGCUCGUGCGGACCGCCGAAAGCAACAAUUCGCUCGUGGAGGCCGUCCUGGAGUUGGACCUUGACGCGCAGAAGGAGAACAUUUCUACGCACCAAAUCAAGACGCCCCGCCACAAG